AGCUCUUACUUCUGUCACUUCACUUCCUUAACUCUGUGUCAACUUGAUAUCUAUUUCUUGGCUUCAAACCCUCGCCACAUACAGUAGGGGGCAGAAUCAGGCAAGGAAAAAUGAACAGACAAAGCAAACAUGGAUCAGAAAAUGGAAUUUAAACUGCUUCUGUUGUAUUUUUAGGAAACCUAUCAAUUCUGACUGUUUGCCGGCACCUUUUUUAGAAAGCCCACUAAUUCCCACCUCCAACUUUACCAGUGUUUGUGUUUCAAUAGCAUCAAUCUGUGUUGUCUGACUGCAUCACUACAAAAGUCAAAAUGCCAAUAGGUCAGGAGUUAACUAAAAAAAUUUUAAAUUCUCAAAAUAAUAGUUGUGUAAUUGUUUUUCAGUCAGGACUUUUUUUUUUUUUUUUUUCGUUUUUCAUAAGAAGUCCAGGUUUUACUCUCAACAUUUAAUUUAAAAAUAAAAAGUGAAUAGCAGUUUUCACCAUUAUAGGCGGAAGUGUAUCUUGGUACAUCAAUUGUCCUAUAAUGACUCACUUCUGUGGAAACAAUGCUUUUAUUGUCUCCUGUCUAAAUGUUGAGUUAGUGCUCACUGAGCCUCUAUCUGGUCUGUUAGUUUAGUUUGUUUCGCAUCUAUGUGUGGUUGUGCCAGUGUAUGAUUGUGGGGUGCUUGUUUUUAUAGAAAAUGUAAAAGGUUUGGAUAACGGUAAAAAUGGAGUGCAAUGAUAUUGUUUUUUGCUGAAUUCAGUGUGUAGAAUCACCGUUGUGAUUCCCCCCCCCCGAAUGUAAUUUGAUCUAAAUAACUUGCAGGAGCCCAGGAUCCAGGAAUAAAUAAUAAGUAAAUGUUACUUUUUCCAUGGUGGAUAUUGAUAGUUAUUGCGAAUGUGUUCAUACAGUAAGAGAUAGUAUGGACCUCAAAACUAGUGAUACACUCAGACUGUGAGAUACCUACAGAUUACCUCUGGUGCAAAUGCAUUUUCAAAGGGAAAAAUAGUAAGAGCAUAUAUCAGUGUGAGAUAUAUCUAUGCUGUGUAACAGUUUGCAGCAUUUUGUUGUCGACACUGUCAGGGGUGUGGAUUUAAGCCUAUGGGAUUUUUUUGAGGCUGUGGUUUAUGGUGUUCAACUUGACUUGCCAUUAUAAGUAGUUUUUUUUUAUUUGUUCAGACAGAGUUGUUUCAUUUUGUUCAUGCAGUAUGUGUCACUGAUAAACAACAGGAAUGAUGAUUUUCAUUAAGAGUUAAAAAAUGUUUGCCUCCGUAAAGUGUAACGAUCUUCCACCUUGUACAAGGAUCUUGACAUGUUAUGUUCAACCCUCUAGUAUGAUGAACUCAAGGAAGGGUUCAUUUAAAUACAAAUGAGGAAGCAUGACAAUGCUUCCUCAUUUGCAUUUGUGUGAGCAGCAUACAAAAGAAGCAGCAGAUCAGAGACCAAUCUAAGACUACAUUUGUUACACUCCUGUGGGUAAAAUAUGGUUUACGACAAAGAUGAGUCAGAGAUCACUAUUGAAAUUGGAAACUUCCCCGAUGCUUCAGCCAGAAGUGUUGCCUUGAAGAGUUACAUUGGUGAAGAUGGUGAAGCGGCUACUGCAGUGCCUGCCUCUCCACAAAAUAUUGAUGCCAGUUGUAAAAAUCUGACGGAGAGAGACAAUUUGAGGAGGAUCAACUUUGCCUCACUGGCAGCCUCUUCAGCUCACUAUUUCAACCAAGGGUGGGUGUAUUUCCAUGAUAGUUUCUAUUAUAUUUCUUCAAUCAAGAAAACCUGGCAAGACAGUAGAGAUGACUGUCUGCAAAGAGGUGCAGACCUGAUUAUUAUCAACAGCAAAGAAGAACAGGAAUUCACAAGACGAUACAAAAAGAUAAUGUGGAUUGGACUGACUGACAGAGAGACAGAGGGGGUAUGGAAAUGGGUGGAUGGAACUCCACUGACAACAAGCUUCUGGUACUUCGGGGAACCUAACAAUUAUCAUGGAAGAAACGAAGACUGUAUAGAAAUAAAGUAUCAUGACAAUGGAAAUAGCUGGAAUGAUGUAGUAUGUGAAAAUGAAAACUUAUGGAUCUGCGAAAAGAAAAUGGCUCUAUAACUCAGCAUACACACCACCAUGACAGCUACUGUAUAUUAAAGACAUGAGGAUAUGAUUUAUGUGCAGCUAAACUGUAAAGACAGCACUGAAACACAGUUAGGCAAAGUGGCACAUAGACACAACUAUGCAACUGGGCUUUCUGCUUUGGUUGCAGAAAAUAAUGAAACUACUGUAAUGCAUUAUCCAUACUUUGAUUCAUUUCUAAACAAAUGUAAUUGCUAAUUAGUUGUCAUCAUAUAUAUGUGACAGACUCAGCAGGUUAAACCUCGUUCUGUCUCAGUUUAGUUGUUGCCACUGACAAUUUUCUGUUUCUGCUGUCAGACGUCUGAACAGGUAAAAAGUAGUCAUUUGACUGCGGCUCAUCAAUGCUACUGUACCUGUUAAUUAAAGAAGCUACAAUUGAUAUUUUUAGAAUAACUUUGUAUCAAAAGACAAUGUGACACUGUGAAAGGGGUCGCUCGUACCUACAGAGAAUAAUCAGCUGAAUCUGCAGCUCCCCUUGGCUUUACAGAGCUUUAUAGCAAGUUUCAGCUCAUUGUUCAGCUGUCCGCCCCACAACUUCACUGCUUUGGUUCACUCUCACUGCUCUCUUUCUGGCUGCAGCAGGCAGCUGUUUUCAGCAAAAGCGACAAAGUCCGCCUUGGGAGGAGGAUGGAUGGGUCAACAAAACAUCAGACUUUAAUAUGGGAGACUGUUUCCCGUUUCAAACCUACAGUCAAGGUUUUUUUUAAAAGCAUGACCACAAUCAUUCCCUAACCUUAACCACGUGUUUAUUGUCGAUGAUGACAAAGAUCCCCUUACCUUAACGAAGAUGUAAUUUUAACCAAAAAAGACCUAAACCUAACCAAACCUUAACCAAAGUGUUGUCAAAUCAUAAAACAGAUUUAUUUUCAACAGUGAUUUGUAAAAGUUUUUUACAGAUAACUGAUGUCGCCUUACAGAUAGAUCUUCUAUAGAGGGCAGGUACAAAUGAUGUAUUUUGUAAUUUGUUUGGAGGACUUGUUGCGCCUUUCAGUGUGAAACUUAUUUUUUGUCUGCUAUGGUGUCCAGAGGGUGACUGAGAUUUUAUCUUAGAAUGCCCUUUUAUCUCUUUUUUUUAUUCUUAUGAUACAGAUGUAGUUUUAUUUCUUUGAGUCUAAAUAUUGUUGUGUUUACUACUUUUAUGUUGUAUUUGUUUGUCUUGUUUUUACAUUUGAUGUCUCUUCUUUUUAAAAGCAUUUUGCAUUUGUCGCUUGAAAAGAGCCAUGUAAAUAAAUAUAUUAUAUUAUUGUUGUUUUACCCUUGUUCUUUACACUUAAAUACACAAAUCCUAUUUCCAUGUGUUAAAAGAACAGCUUCUGCUAAUCCUUGAUGUCCUCACAGUUGAGAAUAACCCCCAUCAGUAUUGAGGAUCUUAACUUAUAUUGAUUAAUAUCACCAGAACACUUUUAUAACCUUCUAUUUUCCAACCACAGAAGUGAAGGUCUGAUAUUUUCAUACAAGUGACUCAACCUGCAAGUUACAUAUUUAAAGACUGAAAUCCAUAGAGGUGUCAUAGAUGUUACAAAGACAAAACAGAAACCUGUGAUGAUUACAGUACAA